AUGAGUUUCAUGCGUGUGCCGCGCGCUGGCUUGCGGAUCCGUACGGCGGGGCUUGAGCAAGUUCGUGCCUUUUGCGCGACGCCCCGUGUGCGUGACGACCGGUUCGAUGGCGAUGGGCGCAACACGCACUUUGGUUUCCGUACGGUGCGCGAGAGCGACAAGGAGUCGCUGGUCGGCACGGUGUUCUCGUCGGUGGCCUCUUCGUACGAUAUUAUGAACGAUGCCAUGUCCCUCGGCAUCCACCGCUUGUGGAAGAACCACUUUGUGGAGAUGCUGAACCCCCGUGGUGGCAUCCACUGUCUCGACGUGGCCGGCGGCACGGGCGACAUUGCGCUGCGCCUGCUAGACCACGCGCGGACAAAGCACCUGGACCGCGAGACGCGCGUCACUGUCCUCGACAUUAACCCCCAGAUGCUCGUCGAGGGCCAGAAGCGUAUGAAGCAGACCAUGUACUGGAACACGCCGCAGAUCCGCUUCCAGCUCGGCAACGCCGAGGCGCUCGACAAGGUGAUGGAGGUCCCAGAGCGCCGGAACCCCCCCGCGAGCACGCACAAGAACCCUAUUCUGCCCCCUCUGGUCAGCGAGCCGAUCCCGAACGAGUCGGUGGAUCUGUACACGAUUGCGUUUGGUAUCCGCAACUGCACGCACAUUGACGAGGUGAUCAAGGAGGCCUACCGCGUGCUCAAGCCCGGCGGUAUCUUUGCCGUGCUCGAGUUCGGCAAGGUGUCGAUCCCCCUGCUCGCCGAAAUGUACAAGCAGUACUCCUUCUCGGUCAUCCCCCCGCUGGGCCAGCUGCUCGUCGGCGACCGCGACUCGUACCAGUACCUCGUCGAGUCGAUUGAGCGCUUCCCUACGCAGCGCGAGUUUGCCGACAUGAUCGCCGACGCUGGCUUCCUCUCGCCCGGCUCUGCCGAGGCGCAGUCGAUGGGCCUGCCCCGCCUGAGCGGCCCCAGUGGCGCGUACGAGGACCUGACGCUCGGUGUCGCGACGAUCUGGACCGGUAUUAAGCCGUUUGCGUAG